AUGAUCGCGGCGCGUCGCCUGACGGGAACCCUACCGGGGUGUGCGGAGCGCGCGUUCGGCAGCAACGUGCCCGCGGCUGCCGCGGACCCCUUCUCGCUGGACGUCCUGUCUCUGUACAGAUCCAUCAUGCGCUCUGCGAGGAACUUCCCGAGCAGCAACCGGGCGGGUCUCAUCGAGUCGAUACGGCAGGACUUCCGCGACGGGGCCAAGGUGACGGACAGGGAGGAGGUUGCCAAGCGGCGCCAGUCGGCCGUGACGGGGCUCCGGCAGCUGCAGGCGUUCUCCGAGGCGGCCAGUGCCAGAGGCGGUGAGGGCUCGGUGUUCCUGGGCGGCAACGCCAACGACAGCUGGUGGCAGUGA